AUGCUUUUGUGCCAUCAAAAAUGCAAACUGUCGUUUCCGUACGUCCUUCCAAGCCAAAAAAUUGCUCAGAAUUAUCUAAAAUAUCAUAUUGGAUCAUUAGGUUUUGAUUUUAAUUUUUUUUUUAAAAGACCUAAAAUUGGCCGAAACACAAAGGGUAUACCUCGAGGAAAAAGUCAAAUUUUACAAAUGCGCCCUUUAGGAACCCUUCCUGUGGAUUUGAUGAAAAGUGUUCAAAAAGCGAAUCUGAUUUUUCUGAUUUCAGGCGUCAUAGACCUUGAGGGAAAAAACGAAUUAGAUGGCCUUGAAGCGCACAUUUUCCACUGUAGUCCCUGCUAUUCAGACAGCGUGAUAUCAGCUAAAUAUAGUUCGAGCCAAGCUGAAUACUCAUUGUGCGCUCGCUCAAUAAUCAAUCAGUUUACCAUUGGCGUUUGA